AUGUCUUUCCGAGGUGAGCGUUUUGUCCUAGACCUGGAGGACGAGGUCAAUCCUCCAGAGAACCCAGUCCCUUCUCCUUUCUCUCUCAUUGGAGAGAUUCAGGAGCGAGACCCGGCCCCAGCUGCACCGCCAGCCCCUACGCCCACCGCUUCUUCCACUGGUUUCCCCGCCCACCGACGACGCAACAAGCCUUCCUCCUUCAAGCAACGACGAGCAGAGCAGGCAGCUCAGGCAGCUGAGCCGGCUCAGCUAAAUGACGCUCCAACGCCAACCGCCCCAGAUGAAAAGUCCUCGAUCGCGGCGGAGAACAGCAGGCACCUGGCAUCCAUGUCGGAAGCGCAGAUUCAGCGCGAGCGGGAAGAGCUGAUGGCCUCAAUAGACCCCGGUCUAUUAGAACGCUUUCUACGGCGGGCAAAAAUAGACGAAGAUGAUCAGUUCAGUCAGGGUUCACAGGAGCCAGCGGCAGAGCCAACAAAUCAAUCGGCACCAUCAAAAUCGAAGAAAGUCGUUUCCUUCGAUAUCCCGGCUCCUGCCGUGGAGCCAACGCCCAAUAUGAGGCCAGAACCUACCCCAAAACUGCAGAUGGCUCCUCCGAAGCCCCCAACCAACGAUGAUCUUCCUCCCUCUAAAAUCCCAGAAGAUCUUCGCCCGGCCUCUGAACGCCCAUCCCUAGACCCGGCUAUGAUUGAAACCUUCCAUUUCCCCCAGCCAAAGCAACCGAUGCCGACACUCGACCCCAACGACCCAAACUUUCUCGCAGACAUGCAAUCUCACUACUUUCCCGAAAUGGCUCACGACCCCUCUGGACUCUCGUGGCUCAAACCGCCUUCUGCCGACGAAGAGGAUCCAGACUCUACAUCUCCCUAUCACCCUGCCAGCAACGCCGCGUCUAUCGCUCCCUCUGGCAUUCGAUUCUCAUUGCGUGGAACCUUAAUCGCACCUAAUACCUCUCUCUCUCUCCCGACUACCCUUGGCCUCCAUCAUCACGGCGAGGAUCCGCACGCAGCGGGGUAUACCAUCCCGGAACUGGCGAUCUUAUCGCGCUCAACGUUCCCUGCUCAACGGUGUGUUGCAUGGCAGGUUAUAGGCCGGAUUCUUUUCCGUCUUGGUCGUUCAGAGUUCGGAGAUCGUGGUGGACAGCUAUCAGAGGGACUGUGGCAUGUGAUUGAGAAGGAAGGUGUUGUGGCAGGCAUGUUAGCUGAAGCGGAGGGUGCAUCUGGCCAGUUCCCAGGCAUGAAUUCCCGGACCAGCCAGGAUGGGCAGGAUAAGAAAAAUGAUCAGGGCGAGGCAACUAUGCCGCUUGCAUCGGGGAUUGGCCGCCAUGCCAGCGCUGCCGCGUGGGCCGUUGAAGGUGUAUGGUUGUGGCAGAAGGGCGGUGGUGGUGACCGUGGAUUGCUGAAGGAGGGCCAGAUCCGAUCUCAGUAA